AUGACAGAACCGCCACCACCGAAAUGGAACACCGAUAAUCGAACUAGUGGAGGGCACGGUGGUCAUCACAAGGUUCAAUCAAAAACGGAAUGGCGUUUUGCAAUUCCUGAGGCGGAAAGUGAAGAGGAAGGUUCUUCUUCAAAGAAAUCGACGAGCACCGCACCACUCACAAUUACAACAGAACAACCAAAAAUGAGGGGAGACGUUACACCAGAUGACUUUGUUGGCGAUCCGUCGGAAUUUGUUCCACCUCAGAAUGCUGAGCAUAUAGAUGUACGCUACCCGUCACGUCUUCCUGGUGUUCAAAGUUUAAAGUAUGGCACGAAGAGAAAGAAGUUGGAAAAAGUCGAAACUUCCACAACUACAACAACAACCACCACUGCUACCACCUCGACAGUUACAACCACAGAUUCGGAUUCUUCUAGUGAAAGCGAAGAAGAGUCAGUACUAGCUUAUCCGCCUGUAGGACGAUGUACAUACAGUGCGAUGUACCAAACCGCUUUUCAAGGCACGAAAAUGAUAAGGAGCAUUUAUGUGAAAAGUCCCGCCGAUUGUUUCGCCGCAUGUUAUGCUCAUAGCUGCCGGUCGGCGAAUCUGAUUUCAAGCGGUCAGUGUUUUUCAAUUUUGACUAUGGCUUUUCUUCUGUGCGCUUUCAAUCUAUUUGUAUUCCAUUACCCUUCAGAGUAG